GCUCACUGUCUCCGUGUGACCGUGUUUCCUUUCCGCUCAGCGCAGGAAUGGAUCGUCUGUGGGGUCGCUAAAGGAUUAUCGCCGAGAGCCGCGGGUCGGUAUCACUGUCUGCGUCGUUAGAUCCAGUGAGAGAUUUAUUGGAAUUAAAAUCCCCAACUGGAAGCAAACACGACCUAAGACGAGGGAACAGCAACAGAUGAACCAGCCCAAGGACUGAGAGCAUCAACUGGAGACUGAGGGAACCCAUCUGACUCGGAGAUUCCAGUGAUUCAGUCAGGAGAAAGCUUGGUUAAAAAUGAAAAGGAAUUUAUCUGUGGGAAUCUCGAAUAGGACACGCCAGUUUUGCUGUCUCUGUCCAGAUAUUUAAGAAGUGGAGCAAGGGAUUCACUCGAUCAUCCUUCCUGCUCAGACUGUGGGGAGGGAUUCACUCCAUCAUCUGACUGACCGGUACGCCUGUCAUUUUACACAGGAGGGAUCCCAUUCACCUGCUCAGACAGUCGGAAUGGAUUCACUCGGUUAUCUCACUUGGAGGUACAUCAGAGAGUUCAUUAGGUGAAGGUGCCUCAGCAAGUUCACAUUGCACAAGGGCAUUCACCUGUUCUGUGGGUGAGAAGGGAUUCAGUCGGUCAUCCCACCUGUGGACACACCAGUCAGUUCACACUGGGCAGAGGCUGCUGAAUUUCUGGGGAAGGAUUCACUCGGUCAUCUGACCUAAUGGCUCAGCAGCGAGUUCACACCGGUGUGCGGCCAUUCACCUGCUCGGACUGUGGGAAGGGAUUCAUGUCCUCAUCUCAACUAAAGAUACAUCAGAGAGUUCACACUGGGGAGAAGCCAUUCACCUGCUCAGACUGUGGGAAGGGAUUCACACAGUCAUCUCAACUGAUGGUACAUCAGAGAGUUCACACUGGGGAGAGGCCAUUCACCUGCUCGGACUGUGGGAAGGGAUUCACACGAUUAUCUCAUUUGGAGGUACAUCAGAGAAUUCACACAGGGGAGAGGCCGUUCACCUGCUCGGACUGUGGGAAGAGAUUCAGUCAGUUAUCCCACAUACAAGCACACCGGUCAGUUCACACUGGGGAGAGGCCAUUCACCUGCUUAGAAUGUGGGAAAGGAUUCAGUCAGUCUUCCCAACUACAGAGACACCAGUCAGUCCACACUGGGGAGAAGCCGUUCACCUGCUCAGUCUGUGGAAAGGGAUUCACUUUGUCAUCUGAACUGAUGUUACACCAGCGAGUUCACACUGGGGAGAGGCCAUUCACCUGCUCAGACUGUGGGAAGAGAUUCCUUCGACCAGCCCAACUGAAGGUACAUCAGCGAGUUCACACUGGGGAGAGGCCAUUCACCUGCUCAGACUGUGGGAAGGGAUUCCCUCGGUCAGCCCAACUGAAGGUACAUCAGCAAGUUCACACUGGGGAGAGGCCGUUCACCUGCUCGGACUGUGGGAAGAGAUUCAGUCAGUUAUCCCACAUGCAAGCACACCGAUCAGUUCACACUGGGGAGAGGCCAUUCACCUGCUCAGAUUGUGGGAAAGGAUUCACUCAGUCGUCCGACCUCCUGGCACACAAGUCAGUUCAUACUGGAGAGAGUCCAUUCACCUGCUCGGACUGUGGGAAGGGAUUCACUUGUUCAUCCCAACUGAAGGUACAUCAGAGAGUUCACACUGGGGAGAGGCCGUUCACCUGCUCAGUCUGUGGAAACGGAUUCACUUGCUCAUCCCAACUGAAGGUACAUCAGAGAGUUCACACUGGGGAGAGGCCGUUCACCUGCUCAGUCUGUGGGAAGGGGUUCACUCGGUCAUCUGUACUAAAGGUACAUCAACGAGUUCACACUGGGGAGAGGCCGUUCACCUGCUCAGACUGUGGGAAGGGAUUCACUUGCUCAUCCCAACUGAAGGUACAUCAACGAGUUCACACUGGGGAGAGGCCGUUCACCUGCUCGGACUGUGGGAAGAGAUUCACUCAGUUAUCCCACAUGCAAGCACACAGGUCAGUUCACACUGGGGAGAGGCGAUUCACCUGCUCAGAAUGUGGGAAAGGAUUCACUCAGUCAUCUGACCUCCUGGCACACAAGUCAGUUCAUACUGGGGAGUGUCCAUUCACCUGCUCGGACUGUGGGAAGGGAUUCACUUGUUCAUUCCAACUGAAGGUACAUCAGAGAGUUCACACUGGGGAGAGGCCGUUCACCUGCUCAGUCUGUGGGAAGGGAUUCACUUGCUCAUCCCACCUAAAGAAACACCAGCGAGUUCACACUGGGGAGAGGCCGUUCACCUGCUCAGACUGCGGGAAGAGAUUCACUCAGUCAUCUCACCUGCAAGCACACCGAUCAGUUCAUAGUGGGAAGCGGCCGUUCACCUGCUCAUUGUGUGGGAAGGGAUUCAAUCGGUCAUCCACCCUACAAGCACACCAGUCAGUUCACAGUGGGGAGCGGCCGUUCACCUGUUCAGACUGUGGGAAUAGGUUCACUUGCUCAUCUCAUCUGAAGGUACAUCAGCGAGUUCACACUGGAGAGAGGCCAUUCACCUGCUCAGACUGUGGGAAGAGAUUCACUCAGUCAUCCCACCUAAAGAAACACCAGCGAGUUCACACUGGCUAGAGGCCAUUCACCUGCAGUAAAUGUGGGAAGCGAUUCCCUCAGUCAUCUAACCUUAUGUAACUCCCGCUUAAGCUGACAGUGUAUUAUUGGAGGUGAUAGCCCCGCAGCCCGGCCAGACUUAAGAAAUCUCAUUUGAGUGGAUGCUGCGUGAUGUGCCCCCGUUACGGAUCAGUACCCCGAAAUGAAAAACGGUACAGAAUGUGUGAUCAAACGAUUGAGCUUUAUAAUUCUUACUUUGACUAUAGGGUUAGUGAAGAAAACAAAAAAUAGAAAAAUAGCUCACUCUCUCUAGUCGCGUCUUCUCAUCUCUCCCCGGCUAAAGACCACGAAAAUCUCUCCUCCAGACUCACAAGAAAGAACAACAUUUCUGUCAUUGGAUAGCCCCCAUUCCAAAACCCUGUUCUUUUGAUCGGGACAAGAAGUGCAGCAUCAGAGCUAAACCCUGAAGGAAGGCAGUUUUUAUAAAAAACGUUCUUCAGUACAAGAAGGGUGAGACUGCACAGGCCCGUGUGACGUAGACAGGACAGUGUGGAGAGUUUAAAAAGAAGACCACCCUAUACAGCAGGCAGAGGUCGGAGUGGGCAGCAGAGUGCAGGGCUUUGGCUCAACGGGUUUAGGCGGUAAUGGGAAGAGGCGAGUGCAAGGCAUCGACUCUCUUUUUACCCCUUGACAAAACGGCCUGGACAGACGAAGGAAUAGCAGGGCUCACACAGCUAACAGUAUGUGCUAACGGUUUGAAAAGUUCAUGUGUUUGGCGAGGUAAGUGGGUGGGUAGACUUAUUUUUCAUUAUUUCAAUUUUGUAGAAUUAAGUAGCAUGUCUGCAGGAUUAGUGCUUUGUUCGGGGUGUCAGAAGUGGGAAUCCUGGGAGACCUGCAGCCUCGCUGAUGGCCACGUCUGCGCCAGGUGCACCGAGAUGCAGCUCCUCAGAGACCGUGUUAGGGAACUGGAGCUGCAGCUUGAUGACCUACUGCUUAUUAGGGAAUGCGAAGAGGUGAUAGACAGGAGCUACAGGUAGGUAGUGAUUACUGGGUUACAGGGGUCAGAAAACUGUGUGACUGUCAGGAGAGGGAAGGGAAAAUAGUGGAGAGCACCCCUGUGACUGUCCCCCUCAGGAACAAAUAUAUCAUUUUAGACGCUGUUGAGGGGGAUGACCUGACAGGGGAAGGCCACGGUGACCGGGACUCUGGCACUGUUGUGCAGGACAGAAGGAGGGAGAAGAGGAUUGUGGUAGUCAUAGGGGAUUCCAUAGUGAGGGGAAUGGACAGGAGAUUCUGUAACCAUGAUAGAGAUACCUGCAUGGUGGGUUGCCUCCCAGGUACCAGGGUCCGGGAUGUCUCGGAUAGGGUCCAGAAUAUUCUGAAGGGAGAGGUCGAGCAGCCAGCUGUCUUGGUACAUGUUGGUACCAAUCACAUAGAUAGGAAAAGGGAGGAGGUCCUGAAGAGAGAUUUCUGGGAAUUAGGAAGGAAGCUGAUAAGCAGGACCUCCGGGGUAGUAAUCUCAGGAUUGCUACCUGGGCCAUGUGCUAGCGAGGGCAAGAAUAGUAGGAUCAGGCAGAUGAAUGUGUGGCUGAGAGACUGGUGCAGGGGGCAGGGUUUCAGAUUCUUGGAUCAUUGGGAUCUCCUCUGGGGGAAGUAUGACCUGUUGAAAAAGGACGGGUUACACCUGAACCCAAAGGGGACCAAUAUCCUGGCAGGAGAGUUUAAUAGAGUUGUUACGGAGGGUUUAAACUAAUUUGGCAGGGGGAUGGGAACCAGAAUAAUAGAGCAGAGGAGAGGCAAAACAGAAAUAUAUCUAAGGUAGUGAGUAGUAAGGAUGUCAGGAAGGACAGGCAGAUAAUGGGGCAAAUUUCCAGCCAGUGGGAUGAGUUGCAGUGAAGUAAAAGCAAAAAGUACCAAAUACUGGACUUAAGGUGUUUUUUAAAUGCGCACAGCAUUAGGAAUAAGGUGGAUGAUCUUGUCGUACAGCUACAGAUUGGCACGUAUGAUAUUGUGGCUAUCACUGAGAUGUGGCUAAAGGAUGCAUGUUUCUGGGAGCUGUAUGUCCAAGGAUACAUGGUGUAUUGGAAGGAUAGGCAGGUAGGCAGAGGGGGUGGCGUGGCUUUAUUGAUAUUAAAUCAUUAGAGUUGACAUAGGAUCGGAAGAUGCAGAAUCUUUAUGGGUUGAGUUAAGAAAUCGCAGGGGUAAAUGGACCCUGAUGGCAGUUAUCUAAAGGCCUCCUAACAGCUGCAGUGAUGUGGACUACAAAUUACAACAGGAAAUAGAAAAGGCUUGCCAGAAGGGCAGUGUUAUAAUUGUAGGGGAUUUUAACAUGCAAGUGGAUUGGGAAAAUCAGGUUGGCACUGGAUCUCAAGAGAUAGAAUUUGUAGAAUGUCUAGAAGAUAGCUUUUUAGAACAGCUUGUUGUUGAGCCCACUAGGGGAUCAGCUGUACUGUGUUGGGUAUUGUGUAAUGAACCAGAGGUGAUUAGAGAGAUUGAGGUGAAGGAACCCUUAGGAGUCAGUGAUCAUAACAAGAUUGAGUUCACUUUGAAAUUUGAGAAAGAGAAGCCAAAAUCUAAUGUGGAGGAAGGGAAGCGGCAUGAGAGAGGAACUGGCCAAAGUUGACUGGAAAGGGACACCAGUGGGAAGGACGGCGGAGCAGCAAUGGCUGGAGUUUAUACGGGAGGUGAGGAAGGUGCAAGACAGAUAUAUUCCAAAAAAGAAGAAAUUUUCGAAUGGAAAAAUGAUGCAACCAUGGUUGACAAAAGAAGUAAAAGCCAAAAUAAAAGGAAAGGAGAGGGCAAUUAAGGAAGGAAAAAUUAGUGGGAAGACAGAGGAUUGGGAAGUUUUUAAAAGCUUACAAAAGGAAACUAAGAUGGUCAUUAAGAGGGAAAAGAUAAAUUAUGAAAGGAUGCUAGCAAAUAAUAUCAAAGAGGAUACUAAAAGCUUUUUCAAGUAUAUUAGGAGUAAAAGACAGGUGAGAGUAGACAUAGGACUGAUAGAAAAUGAUGCUGGAGAAAUUGUAAUGGGAGCUAAGGACAUGGUGGAGGAACUGAACGAGUAUUUUGCAUCAGACUUCACUGAGAAAUACAUCAGCUGUAUACCGGGCACUCAAGGGUGUCAGGAAAGAGAAAUAUGCGUAAUCACAAUUACGACAGAGAAAGUACUCAGGAAGCUGAAUAUUCUAAGGGUAGAUAAAUCUCCUGGACCAGAUGGAAUGCAUCCUUGUGUUCUGAAGGAAGUAGCUGUGGAGAUUGCGGAGGCAUUAGCAAUGAUCUUUCAAAAGUCAAGAGAUUCUGCCCUAGUUCCGGAGGACUGGAAGAUUGCAAAUGUCACUCCGCUGUUUAAGAAGGAAAUUAUAUGCAAGGAAGCAUAAAGGAAAUUAUAGACCUGUUAGCUUGACAUCAGAGGUUGGGAAGUUGUUGGAGUCGAUUGUCAAGGAUGAGUUUACGGAGUACCUGGAGGCUUAUGACAAGAUAGGCAGAACUGAGCAGAGUUUCCUUAAAGGAAAAUCCUGCCUGACAAACCUAGUGCAGUUUUUUGAGGAAAUUACAAGUAGGCUAGGCAAGGGAGAUGCAGUGGAUGUUGUGUAUUUGGAUUUUCAGAAGGCCUUUGACAAGGUACCACAUAUGAGGUUGCUAAACAAGAUAAGAGCCCAUGUAAUUACAGGAAAGUUACAUAUGUGGAUAGAGCAUUGGUUGAUUGGCAGGAAACAGACAGUGGGAAUAAGGAGAUCCCAUUCUGGUUGGCUACCGGUUACCAGUGGUGUUCCACCAGGGUCCGUGUUGGGGCUGCUUCUUUUUGCAUUGUAUAUCAACGAUUUGGAUUAUGGAAUAGAUGGCUUUGUGGCUAAGUUUGCUGAUGAUACAAAGAUAGGUGGAGGGGCCAGUAGUGCGGAGGAAACAUAGUCUGCAGAGAAACUUGGACAGAUUGGCAGAAUGGGCAAAAGAGUGGCAGAUGAAAUACAAUGUCAGAAAGUGUAUGGUCAUGCACUUUGGUAGAAGAAAUAAACGGGCAGACUAUUAUUUAAAUAGGGAGAGAAUUCAAAGUUCUGAGAUGCAACGGGACUUGGGAGGCCUCCUGCAGGAUCCCCAGGUGAACCUCCUUCUUGAAUCAGUGGUGAAGGCGUCGAAUGCAAUGUUGGGAUUCAUUUCUAGAGGAAUAGAGUAUAGGCGGAGCAGACUCGAUGGGCCGAAUGAGCAACUUCUGCUGCUCUUUCUUAUUGUCUUAUCUCUAGUCAUAACCUAAGCGUUGCUACAGAGAAACCAUUAGCUCAGCAGUGAAACCUUACAGAGAGGCCAUUACAUUAGCAGUGAAUCCUUACGGCAUGUUACACUUGUGACAUAUUAACAGGUUCACACUGUGAGAAAAUUUCAAUAAGCUGCACACUAUAUAUUUGUCGACCACCAUUGCUGAAUGCAAACUUGAAAGUGACUGUCGGUGCUGAACUCUGCAAUUAUUGCUGCUGCUCACCACACCCAGUUCUGCACCCUGAUCACUGGGCAUGGGAGGAGUUUCUUCUGCUGCACAUUCACCUUUAAUGGGACUAGAGUUUAAUAUUCUAAAUCUGAGACAAAUAAAUCAGUUGUGUUUCAAACUCUGUCUCUGGUACUUAAGUGGAUCAGGGUUGAAUUUAUGGUGCCUUAAUGAAGUUAUGGUGGUCGUUCAUGAGUUUGUAUUUUAAAGCAAGAUUUUGGUGAAUGAUAUUUACCGCUUGAUUGUACCUGCAUAAGAAAUCAGAUUGAAUUGAACUGCUGCAGGAUCCUGGAAUGUGUUGGGUUGUGGCUGGAUUCUCAUGGCAUUGUCUGCAUUUAUUACCUUGUUUGUUUGUUUUGUAUGUAUUUUUGUUUUGUUUUUCUUUUUGUUGACCACAUGGUCCUGUAUUUCUGCAAGGAACCCCUCUGUUUCUGCGAAGUCGUCUCCAACUUUCAUUCAGGUGCUUGAUGCUUACUUGUGAACAUCUCGUCUGCUCAGAUCGUUGGGAUGUCUCCCAUGGAGGGUCACACUCAUUCCACUGGCUAAUGUUUUCUUCCAUAGUGAUGAUUCAUUUUUCUGAGUUGGUCUCAUUUAAGUUUUCUUCUCUGUAUUUCUUAUCACGAUUGCAUAUGCAUGCAUGGAGUGCUGUAUCCUGUUCAUUUUUGAUGAAAAUAUAUACUUAGAAGUUU